AUGAGUGAUACAACUACACCAACUGUUCCAUCAAUAUCAACAUCGACUAGAAAUACCAUGACAGGACAGAUUAAUCAUUUUGGAAAAUAUGUUAAACUUAAUGUGGGAAAUCAUUUGUUUUUAACUAGUUUUGAUACUUUAACUAAAGAAGAUACGAUGUUCAAAGCAAUGUUUAGUGGACGUAUGGAAGUUGUACAAGAUAGUGAAGGUUGGGUAUUAAUUGAUCGUGAUGGUAAACAUUUUGAUUUAAUUUUAAAUUAUUUACGUGAUGGAACAAUUAAUUUACCUGAAUGUAAUCAAAUAUUAAAUGAAUUAUUACAUGAAGCAAAAUUUUAUUGUAUAGAAUCUCUUAUUGAACUUAUUGAACAACAAUUACGAACACGUUCAAGAAAAAAUGCCGGUGAUACAGAUGCUUGUUGUAAAGUAAUUAUGUUAACAUCAGCAAAAGAAUUACCAAAUAUAGUCACAACAGUACGUAAACCAAUUGUUAAAUUAGCUAUUAAUCGACAUAAUAACAAAUAUUCAUAUACGGCAUCAUCAGAUGAAAUGUUAAUGAAAAAUAUUGAAUUAUUUGAUAAAUUAAGUAUUCGUUUACAUAACAGAAUAUUAUUUAUUAAAGAUGUAACUGGAAGUGAAGAAAUAUGUUGUUGGAGUUUUUAUGGUAAUGGACAAAAAAUGGCUGAAGUUUGUUGUACAUCAAUUGUUUAUGCAACGGAACGAAAACAAAAUAAGGUUGAAUUUUUCGAAGCAAGAAUAUAUGAAGAAACAUUAAAUAUAUUAUUAUAUGAAAAUCGAAAUGCAUCUGUCGAUGAAAUAAUUCGUGCAACAACACCACGUUUUGCAUCAGCUGCAUUAACGGAUGAUGAUUUAGAUGAAGAACGAAGUAUAAGUACAACUGUUGUACCAACAACAAAUCGAUCAACUAGAAAACGUUAA